AUGGCAGUUGAGAAAACCGAAGGCGAUAGUUCAACCAGCCGUGCAAAGGACUCGACUACUGAGGCUGAGAGUCCCACAGCAAUCGAAAGCCCUACACUAGAUACUCCUCCACGCAACAUCGACGGAUGGAAAUGGUAUCUGACCUUCAUAUCGAUCCUAGCCUCAACCUUCCUCUAUGCCCUCGACGUGACAGUGGUAGCCGAUCUGCAGGCCGUUAUCGUGGAAGAACUCGGCGGCAUCCAGAACUUGGCAUGGCUGAGCGUCGCUUUCCUGCUCUGCGCGACCGCUGUUAACCUGGUCUGGGGCCGAAUGUACGGCCAGGUAAACGUGAAGUGGCUCUUCAUCGUUAACGCGGUCAUUUUCGAGGUCGGCUCGGCCAUCUGCGGCGCCGCCCCAUCCCUCAAUAGCAUGAUUCUUGGUCGUGCCUUAGCAGUCAUGGGGGGCCCCAGCUUGUAUGUUAGGUGCAUGACGCUUAUUGCCGCCACCACCACGUUCACGGAGCGGCCAUUGUCUGUAUCCUGCACCGCCUUGACAUGGGGACUUGGAAUUGUCCUAGGCCCUGUGGUCGGGGGUGCUUUUAGCGAGUCUGAUGUGGGCUGGCGAUGGGCAUUCUAUAUCAACAUUUUCAUCGGCGCCGCCUGUGCCCCCUUUUACCUUCUCCUCAUCCCAAGCAUAGACCCGCGCCCGGGAGCGACUAUCAAGGAGCGGUGGGCCGAGCUGGAUGACCCGGGUAUCCUGCUGCAGGGCGGCGCGCUGACAGCCUUCAUUCUCGCGCUUAAUCUGGGCGGACUCACGUUCCCGUGGAAUUCGGCGCGGAUUAUUUCCAUGUUUGUCGUCGCUGGUGUGCUAUUUAUCCUGCUGGGCAUCCAACAAGCCUGGGCUAUCGGCACCUGCCCCUCGCGUCGUAUUAUUCCAGUGCAGUUCUUCCGCUCACGUACGUUCACGCGUGGCGACACCCCGUUAGAUGCAGGGUGGCGAUUGCUGCCUUUAGUGAUAGUAAUGAUCGUGUUUGUCUUUAUCAACGGCACAUUGAUGGCCAAACUAGGGUAUUACAUGUCGUGGUACUUGGUAGGCGGUUUUCUGACCAUAGUUGGAUCCGGCCUCAUGUACGUUGUCGAGCACGACACCCCUCUCAGCCGCGUUUACGGGUAUACCGUACUCAUAGGCACCGGCGUAGGAAUGUUUCUCCAGGCCUCAUUUUCCGUCACCCAAGCUGUGGUCGACCAGGAAAAUGUCGCACCAGCCAUCGGGUUUAUCACAUUAGCACAGUUCGUGGGGAUUACAAUUGCUCUUGCCCCUGCCAACGCCAUCCUCCUCAACGCCAGUCAGGACCAGAUUCAGGAGAUCCUACCGGACGUUGCCGGGGCGGACAUUCAGGCGGCCAUCCUGGGGGCUCGUUCUGGCCUGGUGCAAAACUUCUCUCCAGACCUCAAAAUGUGGGUGCUUGAUGCCAUUGUCAGUGCCAUUGACAAAACAUAUGCGCUAGUCAUCGCAGGGGGCGCCCUUGUAGCAGUCUCAAGUCUCAUGAUGCGCCGCGAGAAACUAUUUUUCGCGACCGCAGGUAUUGCUGCUGGUGCCUGA